AUGUCAUUGUCCACAACCUCCAGCGAAUCUGAUCCCAAUCAACCUGAGUUCCAUCAGGAUGAGAUCGCACUCGACCACCCCAUCGUCUCUAUCACUUAUUCUUUGAUGCUCCAACACCUGUCUAGCGUUGCCACGGAACGCACAGCAGAGUUUGCGAUCUACCUCUUCCUCAUCGGUGUCUAUCCUUUUGAUCUCCUCAAGCCCUCAAUUUAUGGGUUUUGCACCACUGCCUCCACGAUUGUUUUUGCUAGCUCGGUCUGCCGUCUGAUCGAUAUCUGGCCUCGUCUUUAUCUCAUUCGUGUCACCGCUUUUGUUCAAAAAUCAACGGUCGUCCUUGCAUACGCUGCACUGCUUCUCUUGCUCUCAUACAAAUCUCAAUCUGAACCAAAUAAUUUUUUAUAUGGUUUCGUGAUAGUCUCAGGAUGUGCUAUGAGGGUCUCAGACGUAUGUAGAUCAGUGGCAAUCGAGAGGGACUGGCUCGCAUGCAUCUGCCACGACUCAAGUGGAGACCUUACUCGUUUGAACACAUUGAUCAGACGGCUCGAUCUUUCCUGCAAGUUGAUUGCACCCUUGCUGGUCACUCUGCUAUCAUCAACACUGGGUCCGCUGAAGACUUUGACUGCCCUGGCAAGUUUUUCAGUGGCUGGCUUCUUCUUUGAAUUAGCAUGGAUUCAUCGGGUUUGGAAUGCCUUUCCCAUCCUGGCUGAAAAUAACCAAGAAGUCCGACAGAACUCAGAUCAAGAUGAUGUGGAGCUGAGAGUGGGCCAGCCCUCAUCUGCGCGGCGGCUAUGGUAUUGGCUGAGCGACGGAUGUGCACAGUUCUCGAUGGCUUGGAUCAAGUUUGUGAAACUUCCGAUCUUCCCAUCCUCGUUGGCCAUCUCGCUGCUUUACUUUACAGUUCUUUCCUUCGAUGGUAGCAUGAUAGUAUGGCUGAAAACUCAAGCCUACUCUGAUGAGUUAAUCUCUGGGAUGAGAGGAUUGGGAGUGUUGACAGGUUUGAUGGGCACGUUUCUCAUGCCAUGGCUGGAAAGUAAGAUCGGUUUAAUACGUGCGGGUGGUUGGACCAUUUGGCUACAAUUUCUAUGUCUCAUCCCGGUAGUAGUUUCGCUGUAUCUUGAAGACUUGUCAUCUCGCCUGUCCAUGUUGAAACCAGCCUUAUUGUUUGGAGGUAUAGCUCUCUCAAGAACAUUCCUCUGGGCUUUUGAUCUCUGCCAACUCAAACAAUUUCAAAGCUAUCCGACUGCACACACUAUUGCUGGGCUUCAGUACUCUCUUCAAAAUACCUUUGACCUUCUUCGUUUCUUGAUGAUGAUCAGAUUACAUAAACCAUCCGAAUUUAAGCUGGCAGGAGCCCUUAGCUUAGGAUCUGUUUUCUUAGCAAGUGCAUCUUAUUCAAUUUACAUGUGGCGGGAGAGGGGCCAUUUAUUUCAUCUCCAUCGAUUUAUUGACAAGUUCAAAAAGACUGAUUGA